CAAACUGUCAUCAGUCGGUUAAUUCAUGACAACCCAUUGAUGACAGAAGCCUCCCUUCUUUCCUGUUUCUCUACUUACAUCGCUCGCUGGUUAUCGAGUCACGUGGUAACGGACCUGGAUUUUUGUUUCCUAGAUGUAAGUCAACUUUGUCAGUCUACAAACAGUAAACAUCUCACAAGGGGAGACAAUCUUGCUUGCCUGUUAAAAUCUUAAAAUGUUACAGUAAUCGAAACAUAGUAACGGGUUACAAAACUUUCUUAACAUACUUUAAAAUUCCUGAACAGUUUGUUUGCGUACGAUACAUUGUAACUGAUUGAAGUCUGGCAUCAGCAUUGCUAGAACAUUGCCUCGUAUCUUGUCUCCAAGCUUUUCUAUUUUUAACAACCCCAUGGCAUCGGGUGACACUAUGUGACUGUAUUGUAUUGUCUGACAGAUUGAAAACUAUGACACACAGACCAAGCUGAACAAUAGUAAAACAAUAUGAACAAAUUUCAGUUUAAUACACAUAUUUUUCUAAACUUAAAUUUCAAGGUGUUGAAGAGAUGUCCUUUCUCACUCACCUUGCAUUGGUGUUCUCACGCUGGUUUGUUUCUUUCUAUAUAGAAAACACGUGUUGUUUGCAACAGAUGUCUCGGAAAUGUUUCUGAAUUGUCAGUAAAACUUCCUUUUAAAAAGUUUAGUCACAUGGCAGUAGUUUCUUUAUGGUGUGCAUUGUUUCCAUGAUGGUGAAAAUGUCAGGCUGCGAUAUGAAACCUGUCUUAGGUCAAAACACAAAGGUUUGCUGCGCAGAAGUUGUCUUUCCCGAUGCAUAGACUUUUUACAUCAUGUGUUCGGGCAUAAUAUACUCUGUCUACAUCUGUCUUUGCUGUCUGCUGCUCCAGGCCUGUCAAUCAGCUCCUCAUCAUCAAUGAUAUCCUGAAAGAAAUGAGCGGAUUUUUUUGUCUUGUAUUGGUUACCAUGGUGACAUAUGGGAUCUGCGCUACGGAAAAAACGUGCGCGCACCUUGAAUUCCCAGGCUUCAGAGAGAACGAAACCGUCAGAAUAUUAGUUCACAGUGUCGUGAACGUGACCUUUCACCUCAACUCAUCUAACUGCACUUACUCUCCAGAGUGGUUCCGGCUGAAAGUGGAGUCUCCUGAGGAUGAAUUCAAUGUAGCAAUUUGCAGUAUUGUCUUUCAAGGGGGCACAUGCAACAUGAGAGAGCAGUCUGAGUACUGUAGAUGUCUACACACAAGAUCAGGACGUGUACACACGAGGUUGGACAGGUUAGGCCGUGUUGUGUACAUCUGGAGUCUGAGCGAUUCAAUCAGAUAUCAAGAUCAGAAGAAAAUGCAAAUCACCUUCAAUGUAGUGAAUUCUGACGGAAGCAGCGAUGAGCUUCUGACGACUCCUGCAAAAGAAACUGAAAGCAGAAGUGAAGGCAUCAAUGUGAACAUCAUUAUCUUGUACACCAGCUUUAUCACUGCAGCUGUCAUCAUCAUCCCCAUCGCCAUUAUCAUCAGCGUCUAUGUGUACAGACGCAGAAAAGCGAGGAUGUCUAGGCAAGCAGCAGAUGAUGGACGAAGACAAAUCCCGGACAUUUCACCCCAAUUUCAGGAGAACCGACCCCCGCCAGCGAAAGAUGAAGACGAAUACUCAGAAAUUGCAGAAGAAAUGGCUUCACGGGACUCCUCGCCUGCCACAGUUCAUGAAAAUUACGAGCAUCCCCUACAAGAGGAAGGUGAGGAUCAGUCUCACUACUCGCGGUUAGAGUAUAAAAGUCUGAGGCAAAAUGGCAACGGCAAUGAUAAAGAUGACAGCAACACCAAGAUGGGGGAUCUUUCUCCGUCAACCGUCGCUGUGAAAGAACAACAGACAGACACAAAGGUCACCGCGGAUGAAUACCUGGAACCUGUGCCUUCGUGUAAAGAAGCAGUAACCUAGCCUUCUUCUCUUCAACUUGUUGUUGUCUCAGUUACAUGGAAACCCUUCACGAGAGUGUGCUCUACGACUUAUUUCUCCGCUGGUUGGAAGCAUCGCAACCUACUGAGUCUUGUUGUGGACCAUGAUGUAGUUGUAAAAUGUGACUUCUGUCGUCAGUAGGCAUGUCCUCCGCAAGACCAGAGCAUAGUCCUCGAAGCCUUUUAUUCUAAUUACGGUACAUGCUCUCCCUUUCAUGCCUUACUCAUUAAUAGUUUCCUUCUGCCUUAGUAACAAAUCAGACAACAAGCAGGAUUGAUAAUGAAUAAUUGUUAUCUAGGUUUUGAAAGGGUUGAUGUUAUAAAGUUCGUGUGUAGAAUAUGAAUAAAUUGUGUGAUUCUUU